AUCGCGAUCCCGCCAGGCGCAUGGCGUCCUGCGCGCUGCCCACGCCCGAUCGCGACGUCACUGCUGCAGGAUCGCAGGAUAACACACAGUGUCUGCUCGCGAAUAUACGGCGUUCGUUUAGUUUUUCGUGCCAUCUCGUGUCGAUUAUUGACUCAAAAGUGGUUUAAAUUGAUGGCCGCACGUCGCAAACGUCAAAGGGUACAGCCAUUCAAUAAACUUCGGUGCAGCAAGACGGCCACUCCGCCUCGACCUACUUGUCACCGGAGAAAACAUUAACUCCGCAAAAUUGCCUAGAUAUAUACAUAUAUUAUCAAUAAAGACGCCAGGGCCGUAUAAGCAGCUUUACGACGUUCAAUCCAAACAUAUCGCGGUGUACUCCGGUUUAAUCUGGGAAAGACAUGUGGAACAUCUCUCGUGCUCACUUGUAUAACAUUGUUCGAUCGAUAAAGCGUCCUUUAACUCGCGAAAUCCAAUUUUAACGUAAAGGAACCACGAUGACGCGACUCGGAGCGGCCUUGUGGGCGACCAUCUUGCUCUGCCGCACUUACGCUUUCGUAUUGGACGGUUCGAAAAAUUCCUACUCGCAAUUUCGUAAGUGGGGAGGCGGGACGAACGGCUCGUUGGAGUUCGAAUUCAAGACUGAACAGCCGAACGGGCUGCUGCUUUACAGCGACGACGGCGGUACCUACGAUUUUUUCGAAAUUAAGCUCGUCGAAGGCGCGCUAAGACUGAGAUAUAACCUCGGAGGUGGCGCUCAAAUUAUCACCAUCGGACGCGACUUGAACGACGGUCAUUGGCACAAGGUGCAAGUCCAGAGACAAGAGGAACGGACCAUGUUGACCGUGGAUGGAGUUUCUCAGAUGCGCACCUCCAGAGGGAAGGAGUUUAACUUUGGCCGCUUCGCCACCAACUCCGACGUUUUCGUGGGAGGGAUGCCGUUGUGGUACAACAGCAAGCUGACCCUGCUCGCUCUGCCCAGCGUCAUCUUCGAGCCUCGAUUCAUCGGAUCGGUGCGGAAUCUGAUCUAUUCGGAUACGGAGGGAGGCGUUCCGAGGCGACAGGAGACCAGGCCCAAGGACCAAAGGUGUGACGGUCCCAUUGUCCCUGGAACUGAAAGUAUAUGCCUCCCGCAAUCUAGGGUUUUAAGGGGAAACAGCAGCGACGCGUGCGAAAUAAGGGACCCGUGUCAACAUGGCGGCAUAUGCAUAUCAACCGAUAGCGGCCCGAUUUGCGAAUGUAGGAAUUCCGAUUACGAGGGGGAGUUUUGCGAAAAAGAUAAGGCGCCUUCGGAGGCCGUAUUCCGGGGCACUGAAUUUUUAUCAUACGAUCUCAGCCAGACCGGGGGAGAGCCCAUUGUCAGCGCCCAAGACACUAUUACUUUGUACUUUAAGACGAGGCAGCCAAAUGGUCUUCUAUUUUACACGGGCGAAGGAAGCGAUUACCUCAACGUCGCAAUAAAAGACGGCUGUCUGAGUCUGACAAUGGGCCUUGCGAACGGAAAACAAGAAAUGCAGAUUAAACCGAACAAAGUCCGAUUUGACGACAAUCAGUGGCACAAAGUGAGCGUUCACAGGAGGAUACAGGAGAUAUCGGCGAUAACCAGCUUUUGUCGGUUGUCCGCCGUCGUCGACGGAGUAUACGCUGAUCACUCCCACAUUGCUGGCAAAUUCACGAUGCUGUCUUCCAGUCGCCUCUACGUGGGAGGCAGCAUCAAUACCAGAGCGCUUCCGGGAGCUAGGGUACACAAUAAUUUCGUCGGCUGCAUGAGAAAAGUCGAAUUCGUGGCGGACACUCUGAGACUGAACCUCUUGGAACUGGGCAGAUCCGGAAGUCACUUGAUCCAAGUGGUCGGCCGGGUCGAUUACAAGUGUCCGACGGGGGAAACGCACGACCCAAUCACAUUUACCACGAGGGAAUCGCACUUGGUUUUGCCGACGUGGAACGCAAAGAAGUCGGGAAAUAUUUCAUUCAAAUUCCGCACUAACGAAGCGAACGGCCUAAUUCUUUUUAAUUCCGGAGCACCGGCCAAACCUGACCUUUUCGCCGUCGAAAUUUACAACGGCCACAUCUACAUCUAUCUGGACUUGGGAGGUGGACUGUCAAAACAGCGUGGUUCACGCAGGCGUAUCGACGACGGAACCUGGCACGAAGUUACAUUCCGGAGGACCGGAAGAGAUUCCCGAAUAACCGUCGACGGUUUUCACACCGAUUUUAAAGCUAUUGGUAAGACCACAAAGGGAUCGACGACAUUAGAACUGGAAAGCAAUUUAUACGUGGGAGGAUUAGGACCCCCGUUUUCCGAAAUACCCGUCUCUCCCGGUCUCUGGACCGCCGUCCUGCAGCAGGGUUUCGUCGGAUGUUUCAAGGACCUCGUUAUGAAUAAUGAACCCGUCGAUGUUGCGAGUUUUGCGCGUGACCAAGAUUCCGGUUCAAUCCGCACACUAUGCCAUACUCAACCUCAACAGUGUCCGUCGCAGCCCUGCCUGAACGGCGGAACUUGCAUGGAAGGCUGGAAUCGGUUCAUUUGCGAUUGCACUAAUACCAUGUUCAGCGGCCCGACGUGUGGAAAAGAAGCAGCCACGCUCAGUUUCAACGGAUCGCAACACAUGGCCGUAACAAUGGAUUCGGAAAUGGUAACGCAAACGGAAGAUAUUAUAUUGAGAUUCAGGACGAGUAAGCCCUUGGGAUUGUUGCUGAUCUCGUCUACGGCCGACACGGGCGAUAGGAUCGAGUUGGCCGUGGCCGCGGGUCGAAUCAGACUCGCCCUGCGAUUGGACGUCAAGGAGCGGAAAAAAGAGGACCGGGAAAAGGAUAAGAUUUUACUUGCUGGUCAAAAUGUCAACGACAACGAGUGGCAUACCGUCAGAUUUUCGAGACGUGGUGCCAACCUGAAGCUGCAAUUGGAUAACCAGUCACCGAUCCGAGCGGAAAUUCAAGGAAAGUACACGACUCUCCAAUGGAGAACCAUCCACAUAGGCGGAUUGUAUCACGCAGAGGAGGAAAUAAGCAUGACGACUACAGUUCCGAAUUUUAUAGGCGAAAUUCAGCAGUUUUAUUUCAACAACAUUCCUUACAUCGAAUUGGCCAGAGCCUUGAGCACGGAGCAGUCCAUUUCAGGGUUUCCGAAGAUACGAGUGGCGGGAAAAUUUGUAAAACACGCGACCGACAACCUCCACCGACCCGUGACAUUUCGCUCCAAGCACACGUUCAUCGGUCUUCCGAUGCUACGAGCGUAUUCGAGCAUUCACAUCGACUUCAUGUUUAAAACUCGGGAGGCCAACGGACUCAUCAUGUUCAAUGGCGGCAAGAAGGAGGAUUUCCUCGCUGUCGAGAUGCUCGACGGCCACAUCAACUAUAUCGUUAAUGUGGGAGACGGCACUGUAACGUUACGGGAUACCGUCAGAAAUCACCUAAACGACAACAGAUGGCACACCGUCGGGAUUCGCAGACCAUCAGCUAGGCAACACACGCUCAUGGUCGAUGACGACAUAGUGGUCGCGACAAAUUACGGCAGCGGAAAUUUGGAACUAGACGGCAUUCUGUAUUUGGGCGGGGUCUAUAAGGAUUUGUACCCCCAAUUACCGCAAGACGACGUUAAAUCGAAACACGGCUUCGAGGGUUGCAUAGCCGGCCUGGAUCUCAACGGGGAAUCUCCUAAUAUCGUUGAAGACGCGGUCGUUCACAGUUCUCUGGUAACCGCUGGAUGCGAAAGUCAAUCGGCAAAAUGUAGUCACAAUGUGUGUGCGAACGCCGGCAUUUGCGUCCAACAGUGGAACGCCUACACGUGUGAUUGCGACCUGACGUCAUUCACAGGACCCACUUGUUCCGAUGAAUCGGUGUCGUACGAGUUUGGACCGAAUCCAGGAAUAAUAACGUACACAUUCCCGGAAGAUAACCGGCCGGAAAUGCAAGAGGACGCGAUCGCAAUCGGUUUUAUAACAACCAAAUCGGACGCUGUGUUGUUGCGGAUUACUAGCGGCACCUCCAACGAUUACAUAGAGAUGUAUAUCGUCGAAGGCAACGUUUUCGUCGUGUAUAACUUGGGCACGAACGACCAUCCGCUGGGGGAAAUUUCCGUCAAGGUCAACGACAAUCAGUACCACGUGGUCAAGUUCCACAGGCACGGACACAACUCCACCUUGCAAGUGGACGACUACAACGUUCAGACCAGCUACCCUGCAGGCGAUCAGCUGAAGGUGUUCAACACCCAGUCGCAGAUACAAAUAGGAGGUAAAUGGAGUAGGGGUAAGAAACGCAUCGAGCGGCCUUUUUCGGGGAUCAUUUCGGGCGUCGUCGUAAACCGGUUGAGGAUUUUGGACUUGGCCGCCGAAAAAGACGUUCACGUAUCGAUAAGGGGCGACGUGGCAUUGGUAUCCGGAAUUCUCGAUCGCCAUGACCAUUUGCAGAAAAUGCAACAGACUCCUCCUUCUGGGUUUCCCGGUUUAGAGGAUGACCUCAUCUUUAGCGGGGCCGGAUCUGGUUGUAACGGUGACGACGAGGACGAGUGUCCUCCCCUGCCGGAGGUAGGCUCAGGAGAUGACGAUUUGAUCACUCCGGUCUACGUGCCGCCCACCAGACCGCCCCCGACGGCGAAACCCAAGAAAAUUCCGGACGAAGGAAAAGGAUGCGACGAUGACGACGACUGUAUCGCCGGUUCGGGUUCGGGGGAAAACACUGAGGACCCGUUUACAAGCAGUAAAGCGACAGGUGUUACGGAGGUCACGGACUCCACUUUCACGCCGGUAGACAAUUCGAGUACCAAAAUAGUCACCGAGGAAGGAUCUACGACCAGCAUCGUCCACCACACGACCUUCGGGGUCGGGUACACCAACACGUCUACCGAAAGCGGAGUCAGUUCGACUCCCAUUCAAAUCACGACCAAAUCCCACGUUCCGACUACUUACGUAUCGACCGAAAUGACGUAUAUGACGUCCCCGCCGACCACCAAGACCACCGAGAAGUUUAUAGACUUAUCCAACGAGAUAAACAACAAACCGAAACUACCCCAUCUGGCGGAAAAUUAUCCGCACUUCCCCAACAAACCGAUCCCGCCACCCAUCAACUCGGAAACGUCGGAAACGGUGGCGCUGAUCAUCGGCAUCAUAGCCGGAGCUUUGAUAGCCGUCAUCCUCAUCAUACUGAUCAUACUCAAGUUCAAAUCGCGUAGCGAUAUAUCGUUCAAAGUGGACGACAGUAAAGAGUACCCCCACGGACCUGGUGCCGCUUUGCUGGGCAGCACGGGUUCGAGUACCAACGGCCAGACCCAGUACCAGUUGAACGGGAACCUACGCAACGGGGACAAAGGGCAGCCGCAGCAACAGAAGACGAAAAAACGCGACAGCAAGGACAUCAAGGAAUGGUACGUGUAGACAGUGAAGUGCUUAAACAACGGUGACUCCGAGCCAUAAAAGUUAAACCGGAAGGGAAAAGAUUGCGUGAUUGCGGAAUGUAUCUAAUUGCGUGACUGGGGUGUGGGCACUGCAGGAUUUUUUUUUGUUUGUUCAUCUACUCUGAGCUCGACGGAAACAUUACGAAAUACUUAGCUGGGUUCAUAAAUCUUGACCACCUUAGGACGAAAAAAAUACCAAGUUUAAAUGGACUUUAAACCUGUAAGAUUUUUUGAACCCAUGGAGAUAUCAAGCAUUUUUUGAAUCGAAUUAUAUGUCGAAAUUAUUCAAGUUGGAAAUGUCAUUGAUUGAAACUGAUUGAAAACGAUGUAUUGUGUGACAGGCAAAGUUUGCUAUCUAAACAAAGCUAUUUAACGGAGUUCGUGUUUAUUUAUGAUUUAUUUAGUAUUUUAUUGAAAAUAAAAUUAUAAACUAUAAAUUGUGACAGUCCUCGUUAUAAACACAUUUAGUAUUUGAAAGUGUUUUUUUUUAAGAGACGCCAACCAAUUACAGGUAGUAAAAUGGUACAGAAUGUUUUCCGUAUUUAAUAAUAAAAGAACACACAAAAAUUGGAAUAUCGGUGAAAGUCGUCCGCAUUGGUAAAAGAACUCUUAAAAAUGUCAACCUACAAAAUAGGUGUGCUAUUGAAUCCGUCUGGGUCUAAUACGGCUCCUCGAUUUUCCAGACACAGUUGGUUUUGUAACGUUGUAUAGGCAUCCACCAAAACGGCCUAGACCCAUGUUUAAAAUUUUUAUACAAACAAAACAACAAAAUUAAUUAUUUAAUUUGUUUACUUUUUAAUUAAAAUGUAAGACGAAAAGGUUUUUUCUUAAACUGAAUAUCGUAGUCGACAUUUUAGAAAUUUUAAAAUGAUUAAAUAGAAAUAAAUUAUAUAAGCAGUUAAAUUUACAGUUACAAAUAACAAUUUUGUUGGAGUUUAAACAGUUUUUAAAUAACUAUUAAAGGAAUCGUGUUAUAGGGGUGGAAUGACCAGCUUUCUGGAACGCUUUCUAUUUUUUUCAGAUUAUUGCUGUAAAAAAAAAUAAAUAAAUAUUACCAGUAAAAAAUUACGUCACUAACCUAAAGGUUUGAUCUAUUGUUAAUUAAUUAAGUGACAGUUUCUAUUAAAAAUAGAUGAUCCUGCCUUAGUUAAAAUGUAAAAAAACUCAUGUUUUUCAAUUUUCAAAAUGAUAUUGGGCGACGUUUCCUAGAGCUCGAACGAUGUUAUGCGUUAACGAAAGUUGUUGAUAUUUCGAUGUUGAGAAAUGAUUCGGGCGCAAAUUUGUAAAACCCUCUCUGUGGUCCGUUGAAAAACUUCCGCUUACUUGUGCUUAUUUCUUCAUCCGCUCUUUCUACGUUGUGUUGUUUUAAAACAAUGUGAAUGAUGUGAAACCGUAUUACGAACGUACCGUGCGUGUAUUCCUAUUAAAUGUAAAGAAAGUUAAACCAUUACUAAAACGCACACUGUUGACUAAUGAAAAUUGCCGGGAAACUCUUGGAAAAUAUCCUUUGUAAUAGCUUUGUUCGAUUUCCUGCAGUUCUAAAACUGUUUCCAGGGACAGUUCAGUUAUUUUCUGUAAACAUGAACAACACUUUGCGAGCAUAGUAUAGUACUUACUCUUAAGCGGAGACCGAUUUUGACAGUUUUCAAACGGUUCUCAUGUGGUUUCAUAAAAAAACUACAUCACUCAGUCCAGAGAUGGUUCUAAAAUAACUCUGUUCAUCGGGAUGUCGAAUGAAGCUAUUAUGUAGCAGUGUUUUGGUUAGUUCCUCAUGCAAUGUAGAGGUGGAUUUUACUCCUUACUGACAAAUACCUAAACUAUGGUCCCUGCUCUCGAACGAGUUGUGUUUUAGGUUAGUUGGUUCUGAUUCUGUUCGAGGAUUAUUUCGUAUUUUUAAUACUUUCAAUAAUAUCACUCCCAGUCUUUUCCAUUCAAAAUAAGUAACAAAAAACUCCAAUAGCCUCAAAUUUGUAUUUUCAUACGUUAUAUUAGUGAUGACGUAGCAUCGGCCAUUUUAGUUGUUAGCUUUCGGCGUUUGAGAUGCACACUACUUUAUUAAGCUUCAACAAAAGCUGGGAAAGAAUCGCGAUGAACUUUAAUUAGCAGCUUUGGGUACUAUUUUUUAAUACGGUGACGUCAGAAGAGUGCAAAAUCCACCGCUACGCCUCUAUUCUAUGUCCAUUAAAGCCUAUCCACCCGCUACCACGGAAACAAACGCAAAUUAUCGGCAUUUCAUUGAUUUCUUAGUACGACGGUUACUGUUGAAGAGACUGCAAGAAACUAUUAUAUCAAAUUCAUAUCAAACCACUCGACUAGCCAUACUUACUGUCCCUAGUACCGUAGGUAGUAAACUUUAAGGAACCAUUAGGAGAGAAUGUGAUUAAUGGCUUUAGAAAGCAAAUUCGGAAAGUUGCAAGCAAGCAAAUUUCGUUUUUAUACGUUAUUAUUAUUCUUAGUAUUUACAAAACUUCUGGAUUCCUGGUUGUCGUUAAAUUAAACUUGAUGACCUUUCCCCAAUCAUCCUGUCGGCUUAACUGAAACUGCAGAAGCCGUGAAUAAGCCUGCAGGAUGAUCCGUGAAACGUCAGCAAACGACAGUAGUCUGUGGAAGUUUCGGUGCAAUAUUCUUCUUCUUCUUUUUCUUUCAUUCACUUGAUUCACUUCCUAAUAAUCUGACUUGGAAAAUAUUUUUAAAUGUUGUAGAUGCAGAAUUAUAGCUCUAAAUCUGUCUAUAUCUGCGCUUGUUUCUCACGGAGUGGUUAUAUAUAUACUCGCGUUAUAAGUUAGUCAAAUCUGAUUGCGUUGCAUUUAACUGUCAAAAAGAAACUAGUAUGAAAGAUUCGUAACCUCAAAACGCAAUAAAAAUUGCUCAACCCGCGUGUUUGGUGACAUUCAAAUGCGAGUCUUCGACAAGAUUUGACACGAACAGAUGAAUACUCAUUCAAUCGAUUGUUACUUCUAAGGAUUAUUACUACAUUUAGAUACGAUAUGAUAAGGUGCCUAAUAUCCAUAGAAUUUCGACGAUUUUUAUCUAAUACUUCUAACAAAUUCAACUAAACUUUACUCUCCUAAUCUCCCCGGCUUUCAAACUCCAUAUACGAGGCAGGAAUGGAGUUUAACGUAUCGCGACGUUAACGAACGAUGAUGUACUGUAAAUAAAACUUUGAGUAUUUAAGUCCUAGGAAUUUAACGUUUCACAGAUCUAACAUUGGAAAUGAAAUCCGAUUAUAGACACCUUCUAGCGAUAUAGAGAAUCUCCCGUUUUGUAUAAUCUACAAUUUGUUUUCUUCGUUCUGUUGUGUAAAAAAGAUGUAGGUAGGAACUAGGUUUUUGUAUCAUAGGUUUUGGAUUUUUGUUAGAGCUAUAUUAAUAAAAUGGCGUAUAUUUGGA